UGGGGGACAGUCCUCAAACAGCCUCCUCCCACUAGAUCAAUUGGCUGUGAGGCUCAACUCCCACCCCUUCUUUCUCCCUCUUCUCAUCCUGAGUCACCUUUUUGGAUUUUGGAGUUGAGCACUAUGGGGACUCUAAAUGAUCAGGCGGUGUUACAAGCCAUCUUCAAUCCUGACACCCCAUUUGGAGACGUUGGGUUGGACCUGGGAGAGGAAGCUGAGAAGGAAGAAGUUGAUGAAGAUGGAGUUUUCCCUCAAGCACAGUUGGAGCAGUCCAAGGCCCUGGAGCUGCAGGGGGUGAUAGCAGCAGAAGCUGGCAACCUCAGCACAGCCCUGGAGAGGUUUGGCCAAGCCAUCAACCUGCUGCCGGAGAGGGCCUCAGCCUACAACAAUCGAGCCCAGGCCCGGCGUCUCCAGGGAGAUGUGGCAGGAGCCCUGGAAGACCUGGAGCGCGCCGUGACGCUGAGCCGCGGCCGGGGCCGCGCCGCCCGCCAGGGCUUCGUGCAGCGUGGGCUCUUGGCGCGACUGCAGGGCCGGGACGACGACGCCCGCAGGGACUUCGAGCGGGCGGCGCGGCUGGGCAGCCCUUUCGCGCGGCGCCAGCUGGUGCUGCUUAACCCGUACGCCGCACUGUGCAACCGCAUGCUGGCAGACAUGAUGGGGCAGCUGCGAUGCCCCCGUAACGGGCACUGAGCCGUCCCGGGGGACAGGGAGCGGCGGGCCCUGAACCAAUAAAGCUAUCGGCUCGCCCAGA